AUGGUUUCUAAAGAGUUUUUGCAAGAAUUGCCAAAGUGUGAGCACCAUUUGCAUUUAGAGGGUACUUUAGAACCAGAUCUAUUGUUUCCAUUAGCUAAAAGAAACAACAUCACCUUACCAGAAGGUUUCCCUAAAUCCGUUGAAGAAUUAAACGAAAAAUAUAAAAAGUUCCGUGAUUUACAGGAUUUUUUAGAUUACUAUUACAUUGGUACCAACGUCUUGAUCAACGAACAGGACUUCUUUGAUUUAGCAUGGGCUUAUUUCGAAAAAGUUCACCAACAAGGAUUGGUCCAUGCCGAAGUGUUUUACGAUCCUCAAUCUCAUACUUCUAGGGGUAUCUCUAUAGAGACAGUUACUAAAGGUUUCCAAAAAGCCUGUGACAAAGCUCUGGCUGAAUUUGGGAUUACAUCGAAGCUCAUUAUGUGUUUGUUGAGGCACAUUGAGCCAGAAGAAUGUUUGAAAACUAUUGAAGAAGCUGCUCCAUUCAUCAAGGACGGUACUAUUUCUGCUUUGGGAUUAGACUCAGCUGAAAGACCAUUUCCCCCAAAUUUAUUUGUGGAAUGUUACCAAAAAGCUGCCUCGUUGAACGAAGAUCUAAAAUUAACUGCACAUGCAGGCGAGGAAGGCCCUGCUCAAUUCGUAUCUGAUGCUUUAGACUUGUUGCAAGUUACAAGAAUUGAUCAUGGUAUCAAUAGUCAACACGACGACGAAUUACUGGAUAGAUUGGCUCGUGAUGAAACCAUGCUAACAAUUUGUCCUCUCUCCAACGUGAAACUGCAAGUAGUUAAAUCUGUUUCAGAGCUACCACUGCAAAAGUUCCUUGACAAGAACGUUCCAUUUUCUUUAAAUUCUGAUGACCCGGCUUAUUUUGGUGGCUAUAUCUUGGAGAAUUAUAUCCAAGUUUCAAAAGAUUUUCCACAUUGGGACCAUGAAACGUGGGGUAGUAUUGCCAAGAACGCCAUAAAAGGUUCCUGGUGUGAAGAGAAAAGAAAAGAAGAUUUGCUAAGUAGGGUGGAUCGCGUGGUCGCUAAAUAUUCUCAUUAA